UUUGUAUUUAUUUUAUUCAAUGCAUAGUAUACUAUUUGUAAUAAAUGCCCUGACUUUUCUCUUAGUAGAGCAAUUGUUUUUUUGCAGGGAUGAAGUUGGUUGGAGUGGCUCUGAUUUUUUGUGCACUUACAGAUUUAACAUCAGAGCUGUAUAAUGUUGUGGGGCCUGCAGCGCCUCUCUUCACUGUUGCUGGUGAAGAUGUGAUCCUGCCCUGUUAUAUCAAACCAAACACCAGUGCUGUGGACAUGAAAGUGGAAUGGUUUAGACUUGACAAAGAUGAAAUAGUGCAUCUCUAUGUAAAUCGUGAAAACAGAAUCACGGAGCACAGUGAGUCCUACAGAGGGAGAACAGCACUGUUCCAAGAUCUACUACAGAAUGGAAAUGCAUCGCUCAAACUAUCAACAGUCCAAGUCUCUGAUGAAGGAGCUUACAAGUGUUUUAUUGAGUCCAACUCCUGGUAUGAUGAUAUCACUGUUAAUGUUAAUGUCGGAGCUAUAGGAACUCAUCCACUGAUCAUUAUAGAGGAGUUUGAUCAUUCAGGAGGGCUUCGUCUUCUGUGUGCAUGUGAAGGCUGGAACCCUGAACCUGAGCUUCUGUGGCUGGACAGUGAAGGAAAUGUUUUGAUUUCUGAUACUAAAGAAGCGCAUGCAGAUGCAAAGGGCUUCAGCGUGAAACACAGGAUCACUGUGCAUAAGAGUGAGACCAAGUAUCACUGCAGAGUCAAACUGAAACAUCAUAUGCUGCAAACGGACAUCAGUGUCUCAAGUAAAAUGUUUCAAGUUUGGAGAACAUCAGUCAUUUGGAUUUCAAUUACAGUUGUGUUCGGCAUCAUUACUACAGUUGCAAUUGCUACUUUUGUUUACAUAAGAAGAGUUCGCUAUUUGAGUAGGAUUCGAAAAGAGAUCGCAAAGACAAGAAAAUAUGCUGUGGAUGUGACGCUGGAUCCAGAUACAGCUCAUAAAUCUCUCAUCUUGUCUGAUGAUGGCAAACAAGUGCGACGUGGAGAAAAACCCCAGAAUGUCCCAGACAACCCAGCGAGGUUUGAUAAAUGUGGUAAUGUCCUGGGAAAGCAGGGAUUCUCUUCUGGAAGGUUUUAUUUUGACGUGCAGGUGAAGGGAAAAACUGAUUGGGAUUUAGGAGUUGCCAAAGAAUCCAUUAACAGAAAGGGGAAGAUCACACUGAGUCCACAGAAUGGAUACUGGACAGUGCGGUUGAGAAAUGGGAACCAAUAUAGUGCCUGUGCUGGAACCUCUGUCUCUCUUUCGCUGAAAGUGAAGCCCCAGAAGGUGGGUGUGUUUGUGGAUUAUGAGGAGGGUCUGGUCUCCUUUUAUGAUGUGUCAUAA